AUGGCUAGAAAGCCCAAGGCCAAGGGUGCACCUCUCGCAGACAACAACAAGCGAAACAACAACGAUGCUGCCACUCAAGGCGCAAGUCUACCUGUCAAACCCAUCCCGGGAACAAGAUCUCUCACCACCUCUCCCGCCGUCAACGCCAGCCCCUCGCGCCCAGCAGGCGGAAAGCUAGACACCCUUUUCGUUCUCCCAGCAGAAGUUCGCCAAAUCAUCUACGGCCACCUGCUUAGCACCACAAUCAUCAAGAUUGAUGAGCGCCGACUGUUGCGCAGACGUACGGCCUCACAACGCCAAAACGACUAUCACAUGGGAGAUUUCAAGGCAAAGCAGCUGGGCAUCACAAGCGUAUGCAAGCUUGUAAGAAUGGAAGUCCUAGAACGUUUCUGGGCACAGAUCACCAUCCGCUUCGCAAGCACUUAUGUGUUUGCGAGAUUCUUGGGGGCGUACCGUCCCAUGGACCAAGUCCUAGAUAUCGGCUCGCGCAACCUCCCGGUCCUUGGCAGGUGCGCAAAUGUCCAGGUCGUCGUCAAGGCUGAGAGAGGCACCAUCAGCGGUCUCCAGGCUGCUUACGAAAUUGGAAGACUGGUGGAUUGCUCUAUUGAGCCCGAGCUCCUUGAGGAUACCCCUUCCACUCGCAUGUCCGCUUACAUCGUCGAGUCCACACGCCUCAGAAUGGCGGAUAUUAAGAGAAACCACGAGUUGAUGGAACAAGGAGCGGGUUUCGCGCCAAUGGGGCAGCUGAGAGCCAUUUGAAGGAGGGAUUGAUGGAGAGAACAUUCUACGAACGCAUGGAGGAUUUCCGACGACACGCCACGCCAAAUCUCCUGUGUCGGAAUUCCUUCUGUCGAACGAUGAUGCGAUUGUCAUUCGUGCGAAGAAGCGCAUGGCUCGACAGUCAGCGCUUGACAGUACGCUCAGGGAUGUCGAUUGGGCCGAGUGCGAGAUUCG